AUGGCCAAAUUUAAUAAAAAAACCCCCAAUUUUUUUAUGAGAUUAGACACUUGUAACUUUGGAUUUCUCUCCAAAUCCGACUGGCGUAUCUUAUAUGCCAUUGAAAGUGAAUCAAAAACGCAUGAAAUUGUGCCGAUUAAAUUGAUUUCUAAGCGGACAAAAUUGGAUCCCGUCUCUAUUGACCAAGCUUGUGCGCUUCUUAUGCGGUUUAAACUUUUAAGAAGAGAGGGCGAAGUUCAACAUGGUGGUGCGUCUCAAGAAAACUGCAACAUGACCGGGUCAACUAGUAGCUGCAUUGAUACCAAUAAAGAUCUGGCCUCUUCUCAACACAGAAGAAGGGGUCGAAAAGGGAUCCCUCUUGGAACCUUGGGAUACAUUUUGGGAUUUGGAGGCUUGGACUAUUUAGCUCUGCAUUUUUUCAAGCAAAAGAAUUCUCUUUCUUGCAUCUCAAACUCACGACUUGGUGUUGGAAAAGAGGCCGAUAUUCAUGUUGGCGAACGUCUAUCGCCCACUGACGGGGCCUUUCCAAAAGCAAUUGUUGUCAAGUUUCAUCGUCUGGGGCGAACGUCUUUUCGCUCAGUUCGAACCAAACGAGACUACCAUCUCGGAAAGGGGGCAAAUGCAUCUUUCCAUGCUUGCAGCUGCAAAAGAGCCCUUUAUCAGCUUGGCUUUUCAGUGCCCAUUCCCGUUGAUCACAACAGACAUGCAAUUGUAAUGGAAAGAAUCGAUGGACUUCCUUUAAACCAAGUUACGCAUCUAUUGGAUCCACAGAGACUUUAUCACGAGCUUGUUUCAAUGAUUGUGGCCAUUGCACGAUUGGGGCUGGUCCAUGGGGACUUUAACGAGUUUAAUGUUCUCGUCAGAAAUCGCGACGAAUCGCCUGUUCUUAUCGAUUUCCCCCAAAUGGUCUCAAUCAAGCAUCGGAACGCUGCAGAGUAA